AUGAAUAAGAUCUUCCCAUAACCAUCUGAUUAUUUGGCUCCGAUGACCGAGUAGGAAAAAGUUUUAUUGGAAAAAUGGAAGAGUAAUGAAUUGGGGAAUGAAAAGAAGAAUGCAAUUAAGAUUAGACUAUUUUUGUAUUUGGGAUUAAGCACAACGGCAUAUGGAUUAUUGGGAAUUUACUUAGUGAAUUCGAUAGUAAAAGACAUGGAGAAAUCGGGAAUCCAGAGAAUGGAGAAAGAGGCAUUGAAUAUUGCAGAUAGCAUAAAGAGAGCAGAUUUCAAGUAUGCCAGAAGUACUGAGAUCAGUAGUGUAGGGAGUUUGUUGUAUAAUGGGAUUGUCAUAUGGAUUGGCGUAGAUGAGAAUGUAUGUUAAAGAGUAUGCAGAGAAUUAUUAAAAUUGAGUUAUAUAAUUAUUUAACGAAUGCAACAUAGAGUUUAAUUGUAGUAGAUUAAUUAGAAUACAAAUGUUAUUCCGAUCUCGAUUAUGCAAUCCCUCAAGGGUUUGAGCAAGUAUUUCAAAAAGGAAAAAUGCACAUAAAUUUAGAGAUCUUGUACCUCAUUAUCUCCAAAACAGAACAUAACUCGAAAGAACUCAAAUCAAGUUGAUAAUCAACUCUUGAAUUUUGUGAAUAGUAAUGAGAACAGAUCAGUUCCAAAUUUGUUCGAAAAUGUCCAAAAAAAGAAUGUAAAUGCACCUCGCAAUCAAAAAGUGCCUAAGGGUAGAAGUUCAUCAAUAAUAAUGAAUAAUAUGAGUCAGGAGGAUUGGAAAUCCAAAUACAUGUAAUUGAAGGAAACCUUAAAUCAAAGGAUUGUUACCCUCGAAUAAGAAUUGGAAAGGAUUUAUGGGAUUGAAAAUAAUGCAACUAGCAUCAUUGAUUAAUUAAAUCAUUAAAUAAAUCAACAGAAUUUAUAAUUAGAAGCAUAUAGAAAUAGAGUAAGGGAAAUUGAAUUAGAUUUGGAUAGCAAGAAUCAAUAAAUAAAAAAACUAACAAUUGAUAACAAUUAAUUCUAGAUAAUAAUCAAUGAGAAAAAUAAUUAAAUAGAUCUGUGGAGAUAGGAUUUGAGAACACCGAAACAACCGUUUCUGACUACUGCAAUGAAAUAAAUUUAAUCAAUCUUUGAAUAAUUGGAGAAUUCACAAACAAAUUAUAAAAUUCAUACACCAUUAAGUCAAAAUUUAUCAAUAUCUUCUUCGUCGAUGGUUGAAAUGAUAAAUGAAAUGAAAGAGUCUUCUUGA